AUGGAGAUAAAUGAAGAAUUAGCUAAGCAAAUGAAGGCUAAGGAAUUAAAGUCUAAACAAGUGGUGCUUCUCAAAAAGAAAUCUCUAGAGAUCUCAUCUGAAGAAAGGAGUACAUGGCAUGAUGAACAAUUUAAAGUGUCAUCAUCUAAAAGAACCAUAUGCUUUAACCCUGAUAGAGAUUCUUAUCAAAAGAUCAAGGUCAUCAAACCCAUAAAUUCCUUCACACCUCCUUCAGAACUCACUAAAGAAAACUGGGAUAUCCCUGCACCCCCGAAUGGUAUGAAGUUCAAUUUAUGGCCAAGUGCAAUUUAUCCAGUUGAGGUCGAUAUAGACAUUGAAGAGGUGGAGAAAAUAUUAUUCUUGAAGAAACCAAUUCAAGUUGUCUUUGUAUGGUCAAAAUUCAAGAUUGCUUCAAUUAGCAAAAUUGACAUACAAAAAUUUAGAAAGAUGCCAUAUGCAUUCUUUCAAGGAAAAAGGACAGACAACUCUGAAUUCAUGUUUUCUGAAGCUGAUUUCCCUAAAAUAAACCAAGAUGAUAUCAUAUCACUGAUCAUUUGGUUGAAACAAAGGGUGAGUACAGAUAAAGCUUAUGCAGAUGUCCUACAACGCCUAAGGCAAUAUGUGCUCGACAUGGUUAUUGAUUUUAGUGUUGACUGGGACAUUGGACACCUAGGAGAAAAGGAAGCCGAGGAACCAAAUUUUGAUCUAAAUAUGGAAAAUGAGUCACCUGCGAACAUUUUAAAGAAACCACACAUAGGUGUUGUAUUCUCUUUUAAAGGUCGACUGAAAUUCAUGAGAAUCUCUCAAAAACAUCUAUUCUAUUCUGAAUUCAUUAAAGGCAUCAUUGGUCUAUUGAAGAGAAUAGAAGAUCAAGAUGAGUCGCUGAGAGUGAAGAUCAUUGAAGAACUUACAUGGUUUGUUAAGUUUUCGGCAAUGGUUAAUAAACUUGAGAAACAAGACCCAGCGCUUAUUGUUUGA